CCUUUGCCCCAGGAGCCCUAUUGAAUCAACUGAGAAGUGACUGUCAGAGCAGACACCAUGAGCAUCUCAGCUCUCGGAAGCAGCACCAAAGGGAAGCCUCUCUCAGCAGGCGAGGAGGAACGCAGUAACGUCCUCAGGCAGAUGAAGGUGCGGACCACUCUGAAGGGGGACAAGAGCUGGAUAACCAAGCAGGAUGAAUCAGAGGGCCACACUCUAGAGCUGCCCUCUGGUCGGAGUCGUGCCACAUCCUUUUCAUCACCUGGGGAGGUCCCGAAGGCCAGGUCUGCGAGCACAAGGGCUUCCACUGGCUAUAUCAUCCGGGGCGUGUUCACCAAGCCCAUCGACAGCUCGUCCCAGCCCCAGCAGCACUUUCCUAAGGCCAACGGAGCUCCAAAAAGCAUGGCCAGUCUGGUGAGAGCAGCUCCUGCUGGGUCUCUCCGCCCCUCUUCCUCUGGCUACAAGAUGACCACUGAGGACUACAAGAAGCUGGCACCCUACAACAUCAGGCGCAGCUCAACCUCGGGGGCUGAUGAAGAGGAGGAUGUGCCCUUCUCUUCUGAUGAGCAGAAACGGAGGUCAGAAGCUGCAAGUAGUGUGGUGAGGAAGACAGCUCCACGGGAGCGCUCCUACGUCCUGUCAGCGGCCAAGAAGAGCACGGGAAGCCCUGUUCAAGAGUUGCAGGCCCCAUUCAUUGCAAAGAGGGUGGAGGUGGUGGAGGAGGACGGGCCUUCUGAGAAGAGGCAGGACCCACCUGCUCUGACAAGAUCUCCUCCUGGCUCCAGCAGUGCGGAUGGAGGCCGAGCCAAAGUGUCUCGGGCAAUUUGGAUUGAGCGCAUGCCAAGUCUGCCGAGCCCUGCCGGGAGCCUGGAGCCCAGUGCAAGAGGUGAGGAAAUUGUCCGCCUGCAGAUCAUGACACCCGGGGCAGGACUCCACCUGGUGGCCCCAGACCUGGAAGGAAUGAGGUCUUCCCCAGACUCCAAAGACAGGGAAGCCCUCAGCCCCAGAGAGCCCAAGAGAGAUUUGGUUGGUGAGGCCUUUAAGGGACCCAAUCCAGAUUCUGAAAGGUCAAGUGCACACUCAAGGGAUGGCAACGUGGGAUCCAGAGCCACAGGCUCCCCACCUGAAGGCUUGGCUGGAGCAGACAUCAGCUCUGGGAGAGGAGGCUCCGAUGCUACUUUGGCUUCUGCUGUACCAGCUAACAGGAAGAGCGACAGCCCAGCAGACCUGGAGGACAUGAAGGCAAAAUUUAAGGGCUCCUUGGCUGGUUUUGAGGAAAAGAAUGUGGUCAUCGAGCUGGGAGAGUCCUGGCAGGAGAAGCCUGCAGUCCCCAGAGGUGGCCACAGAGACCCAGCUGCACCUACCCAGCAGCCUGAAGAUCCCAGCACUCCAGAGCAUCAGAGAAGCCCCAGAAUACCCCAGAAGUUCAUGGACUUGAAGACCCAGACCAGCAGCUCCUUGGCUGGUUUUGAGGAGAAGAAUGUGGUCACCGAGCUGGGAGAGACCUGGCAGGAGAAGCCCGGAGCCCCGAGAGGUGGCCAGGGAGACACGGCUGCACCCACCCAGCAACCUGAAGACCCUAGCACUCCAGAGCGUCAGAGCAGCCCCAGAAGACUCCAGCAGCUCAUGGAAUUGGAGAGCCAGGCCAGCAGGGUGAGAAACCCCUCGAGCUGUAUGGUCACUGUUACAGUCACUGCUGCUGCUGAGCAGCCUCACGUUUACAUCCCAGCCUCCCCAAGUGAAUUGGACUCCAGCUCAGCCAGCAAAGGGAUUCUCUUCGUGAAGGAGUACAUGAAUGUUAGUGAGGUAUCUUCCGGGAAGCUGAUGUCUCCACGUUACAGCAGCAUCAGCAAUACUGAGGACUCCUUCGACAUGGAGAAGAAACCCACAUAUGACAGCACGCCAUACUCUGAGAGAUGCGUCACACCACUGUACAUCCCUUAUAGGGAUGUCACUCUGGGCAUCUGCUGCCAUGACUAUUGCUUUAAGUGUGGGAUUUGCAAUAAACCGAUGGGUGAGCUCCUGGAUCAGAUCUUCAUUCACCGUGACACCAUCCACUGUGGGAAAUGCUAUGAGAAACUCUUCUAGCUCCCGAAGCUGAUGACUCCUGGACAAGUUUGGCCAUCCUCAGUUGUCCCAAGUUGCUGGCUCUUCUUCCCUCACCAUUUGAUUUCUUCAUGCUUUUGCCCUUCUCAAGUUGAAUUUGCUUACAUCUAGUAGCAUAUGUUAAUGAUGCUAUGAUAA